GUCUGAGAUCAGCAGCAAUAACAGAAAAUAAUAAUAAUCACCCUGAAGCCAGUGGAGGGAGGGUCCGGCCCCAACAGCAGCCGCCUACAGCUUGCAAUGGUGCAUAUCUUCUGAGAAGAACAGACACACCACCACCACCUCCUGCAUUUUUUUUUAAUUUCCAUUUAUAAUGUUGUUGAUUUAAUUAAAACUACCUCAUAGACUGCCUAAAGCUGGUGCUUUACGAUAUUUAAAAAAAUCUUGUGGUUUCUUGCGGUGUUGUUUACAAAAUAAUUGCUGACAUUAAAGGCAAGGCCUUUGCACUGAAGCCAAGUGAAGAACCUCAUGAUUGCACUAUACAUAACUCGACUCAGCUAAGCUUUCACUAGGAAGGAAGGGGUUCCUGCCCUUCGGAAGGACUCGUCCACCCAGACAGGACUCUCAAGCGUCACUCUCCCACCCGGCACCCACCAGCAACGUCCAUCUCCGUGCUCUGAGGCAGGCACUCGACGCUGGGUUUUUCUUCUCUCUUCCCAUCAAAGCUCACCUUGGAAACCAUUCCCCAGCCAUGUUCCAACGCCUCACCAGCCUCUUCUUCAGUGACAGCAGCACACCUGAGGGCCUGGAGGAACCCAAACCCUUUGUCUCUGAGGAGGAGGAAGAGGAUGGAUGGCUCAUUAUUGACCUUCCAGAAGGCCCCGGCCCCGUCAGGUUGGAGAGCAGCCCCAUGGAGGACCUCUUGAUUGAACACCCCAGCAUGUCCGUCUACGUCACCAGCAACAGCAUUGUGGUGGAAAGGGAGAGCCCUGAUGAACCGAUCAGUGAAGGGGACGUGCCUGAACCCCGGCUGGAGCGCCGCACCCCGCACCACCCCACCUCUCUCACGGCAAAAGCUGCCAUCUUGGAGAAGGUCAGCCAGGUCCGUCGGAUCCAGCGGGCAAAGCAGCUGGUGGAGAAGCACAAGCUCAGUCAGAAGGUCAUGCAGCGGCAGAACCGCGCCAGAGAGCGCCACCCCCGGCGGGCCAAACACCAGGGCAGCUUUGUCCACCAACCAUGCCAGCGCCAGUACAACUACUAAACUACUUCAGGAAGUCUGCACCGCGGGGCAUUACCCUUUUAACUCUCAAGCUUCACGUCCCAUCUUGCGAUGCUUUCUCCAGCAGAGGUGUCUUCAUCCUUUCUCUGGAAUAAACCUAUCCCCAUGAGAGACGCUUUUCAAUUUCUUCUGAACUGGUGAUGCUCCACAGCAGAUCCUUGCUGGGCUCUCCUUCGGUUUCACUCCCCUUUUUACACUAGCGUAUACAUUUACUUACCUAUUAUUUUCUUCCUUCUCCACUUCGAUACCUUGCACCCUCCUCCCCACCACUGCAGCUUUUGCUCUGGCGCUGAGCAGGAGAGAAAGCCGGCACAUCACCCUCACAUAACCUAAUGACGCUGGCUGGGGGACAGCUUUUAAAUGUCAAGAAAUGAUUUAAAAGAAUCAGUGCUAAAGUGUCUGGAAAAACUUGUGUCCAACCAGUUACCCUCGGGAAAAUGAUUCCUGAUGGGAGGUAUUUCCCCAGCUCCCCGACUCCCUCCCCAAUACUUGAGUAAGUUCUUCCAGCUGCUCUUGCAACGGUUACCAGUAUUUGAAUUCGAGUUUGGUGUUCCCAGUGAAUGCUCUACUUUUCACUAAGCUUAACACCAAUGUUACGCUGAAUUUAUGGGAGGGUGAAGAUGCCCCGUCAUUUCCUUUGUCCCUUGCCGUUGUAUUGGGAGCCUGUGACAUCAGUGCCUUUCUUUAUGACAUCACACUCUUCUCCGUGGAACAGAUUGUGAUGUCACAAAUGGAGAUACCAGGUUCAAAUGCAAACUGGAACAAAAUAACAACAAAAUUGGCCCAAAUUCCAGGAAAAUGUAACAAUUUAUGUGGAAUAAAGACCAUUCCCCCCAUCCCCCUUUAAAAACUGGAUUGUAUAUUAGAUCCUCUCUGAAUUAACUUGGGAGCUGGGAUUGUGGUGUCACUGAUGAUCCUUACUUGCAUGCUUUUAUUAUCUAGCUGUCUGUUCAGAGGUGCCAUGCUGGAGUAAAGGGAACCCUGCUUGAGCAUCUCCUAGCAAGUAUUUAAGGCCUGAUUUUCAGAAGUGUUGAGCACCGACAACUCCAACUGAAAUCCGUGGGAGCUGCAGCUACUGAAUGCUUCUGGAAAUCAAGCCUGUGCAGUAUUACUGUAGCCCUUAAUUCCCCACAGCCUUUUAAAAAGAGUGCAAAGUCCAUUUUAUUAUUCCGGUGCUUUCAGGUUACAGUCGGGUGUCUUACAAUAUGUUUGGCCCACCCACUCCAAACGGCUUUGCUUAAGGGACAAGUGUCAAAGCUCUAAGCAGAUUAUUGCAUGUGGAACACAGAGUAGAGAUCAGGUGGUCUUUAGAAAGGCUGAACAAAUCUGCCUCGUGAAAUGGUCAGGAACAUUCACCAGCUUAGGCAAAAAACAACAAGAAACAAACCCCGCAAUGACUUACUUGCAUUUUACAAUGACGAAGCCCUUAAAAAGCCCUCAUCCAUUCGAAUAAAGAAUUCUCAUUCCAGGCAACAAGCUGGGCAGAAGUCUGUGGGGGUGGAUUAUCUGAUUGGUUGUAAACACCAUAUUAGAUCUUCAGAGCCAAUGGUUGAGCAAUGAACGAGGAGGCCUACCCCCAGACUGAGUUGUCAUUUCCUCGGUCUGUCCAAAUCACUGGAUUUCUGGCAAAAGGCUCUCCCUGGUCUCCGCUGGUUUUGGUGCCCCGGGGAAGCCAGUGAUCUGUACAUGUCCAAACAGGUCUUGGUGUUUUCUAUUUUCAGUCAAAAUCUGGGCCCUCGGAAAACAAACCCGCAAAGCAGCAUUGUGUAAAUCCCACUACCUCCAAGGAGCUGUUCGAGGAGCCACUCCCAGCGGACAGGUCUAGCCUCAGCGGAUGAUACUUCUUGAGCAUGAUCCUAAAGCUAGUGGUUGGACAUAACCCAUCACUCAAACCCCCAGGCGUGACAAUUCUCCUUCACGCUGGUAUAACAGCCUGUGGUUUGCUGCCCCAUCUAGGGUUUGGGAGGACAGCGCAGAAAGGGGCUUGUGCAAUAGUCACAGAGGUGUAAAGUAUGUCAAAGCUGGUAGCGAAAGGAUGUGAAACAAGAGAGGAAGCGAGAGAGAUUGGGGACAAAAGAAAGGCAGGAGGAGAGAGGGCAAGACAAGAAACGAGGAUGGAAACUGGAGCAGUUGAGAGGGUACAAGCCCAAGGCCGAGAACUGCAUAGCGCAGAACUUGUGCCUAUGUGGAUGGAAAAAGAUACAAGUCCCCCAAGAAGAGGUAUAGAUGGCAGCUCCCCUAUUCCACUGUUACAGGCAGGCCUAACGCUCGCUAGUCUGAUAGUCCCUACAGGACUAUAGGGAGUUUCCGAUGGGAAAUAAAGUUCCAGGCAUUCAGCCCAGUUGAGGAAUUUCUUCUCUGUAGUCAGAAUGGGCUAAUAGAUAACCCCCAGUUAACUGCACUAAAGAUUGUGCCCUGUGUCAUGAAUAGCCAUAUUCAUCCCUGGUGGUUUUAAUGCUGCUACGCCAGAGCUGGGUUUGGCCCAACAUGUUUAUCCUUAAAAGGCCACUGUCAAGAUAAAAAAAAAUCGUACGUUAAUAAUACGCGAUUAGUAAAACCGCAAAGCUGUCUGAAAAUCACUUUCCUCCAUUAAUGCUCUUUAUUUACUGCUUGCACUUCACUCCCCGGGGGAACGAAACUGGACUGUCCACAGGCAGGCUCGCAUUCCCAUUUGCACAAUGCUGUUGAGUUUGAGUUUCCACCAUGCAAGGCCAUGUUGAGCUACAAAAAUAAACCACUUUCACUGGAAUUUCUUCUAUAAACCAUUAUUCAGACCUUUACCUUCAUAGUAGGUUUUGUGAAAUUGUGUUUUUAAAAAUAAUUGUAAACAGUGGGCCUCCACCAUGUGAGCGCCGCUUUGAAAAUGUCUAAUAAUUGAGCUCUUGAAACUUUUGAGAGGAAAUAAACUUACAAUUAGCAGCCUCCAGGAAUGGAGGCUAACAGAUCUGGUUAGCCCGGAGAAUGGCUAAUAUAAUUUUGCCUGCAGGAUCUAGCUAAAAUGCAGGUGCCAUGGGAGCCUCUAAAAAUACAGAGACAAAUGGGAUUAUUUUAAAUAUAUUUUAUAUUUGUUGUUCUUCAGUGUAAUCAACCAUUGUUUGAAACAGCCCUACUGCCUCUAUAACUCUCCCAGUUUGGCUUUUGUAAAGUUCUGCACAAGACCAUUAUUAGUGUCUCCAAACUCAAAGCCCUGCUGCCCUCAUGACACUACUGAACAGAAAGUUCUCACACAGCAUGGAAAUAAAUUCUAACCCGCCUAGAGAAAUAAGAGCAGUGCCUGGCAAAGGUUAAAAAACAGUAACAUCAUCCUGUACUAAUGGAAAGGAUGCUUCAGGCAGCUAUUUCUGAUUGAAUCAUUGGUGACUCUAGUAACUAGAGAUAACUCCCAACCAAUAUGCUGGACCUGAACUCCUCCCCCACCCCCAGCACACACAAAUUUUGUUGACGUUACAGCUGGCUCUGAGCUCUGUAGCUUGGGCCCAUCUCUAAUAGGAACCUGAUUUUUAGAACCUGAUCCCUCCUUUCAUUGAAGUCAAGGGCAAAAUUCCCAUAUUGCUAGGAUCAGCUGUUUGUUCCUCUUUGCUUUUGCACCCUUGUCAGCAUCUGGAGAAGCAGCCGAGCUCAUGUGCACAGAUCUCUUGGCAAGACGGUUUAACAGCAGUUAAGAGAAAGAGAGAGAACUUGAAAAGCCAGUGUUAUUUCCCAUGGUCUGGAUGAGCCCCACCCCCGUCUGUUGUUUGAUACCAGCUCCACAUUGUCUCCACGUGUUGGAGCAGGCAGUGGUGUGAUAGAACUUCAUCUGCUCACUGCUGAAGGUCCCACCAGGAGCGUGUUAAAGAUGGCAACACAUCUAUUAUUUCAUUUGCAGCCGACUCCUUACCGGAGACUGGCAAUGUCUUGACUUGAUGGGACAUUUACAGCUGUUCACAUCCUUGGUUUUCUAUUAAAUGCCUUUUUCUCAAG